AUGGAGGGAGGAAAAAAAGACAACUCGAGAAAAAUUAGUAUUUUCUACCUUCAGAAAUUAAUGGCCAUGAGUUCGUACAUGGUGAACUCCAAGUAUGUGGAUCCAAAAUUUCCUCCUUGUGAGGAAUAUUCUCAGAACAGUUAUAUACCUGAACAGAGCCCAGGGUACUACAGUCCAUCGCGGGACACAGAUUUCCAGCAUCCCGGGAUCUAUUCACGGUCAAACUACUCUGAACAGCCUUACAGCUGUAACACUGUCCAGAGCUCAUCGGUGCAGCCGCGGGGUCAUGUGCAGGAUCAAGCCAGCCACUCCAGCCCUUUCCCCGCACAGACAGAGCAGUGUCCUGCGGUCCAAAUAGCGGGACCGAGGACUUGUGGACAACAACAAAACACAAAGAGCCAGAACGGGAUACCAGCCAAGCAGCCUGCUGUAGUUUACCCAUGGAUGAAGAAAGUCCACAUUACUACGGUGAACCCGGAUUACACAGGAGCGGAACCCAAACGCUCUCGGACAGCCUACACAAGACAGCAGGUUCUGGAACUAGAAAAAGAAUUUCAUUUUAACAGGUAUCUAACAAGACGGCGUCGUAUCGAGAUCGCGCAUACCCUCUGUCUCUCCGAGCGACAGAUUAAAAUCUGGUUUCAGAACAGAAGAAUGAAAUGGAAAAAAGACCACAAACUACCAAACACGAAAGGAAGAUCGACAUCAGCUGGAAAUCAGCAUGCACAACACGCUCAGAAGGACAACCAAACAGAGAUCACAACUUUAUAAGUGGAUAUCUUUCCCUCCCUCCAGAUGUACGAACUGUAUUUAAUAGACAAUACUUCUUUUGACUUUGCAUGGUAGCAAAACGUGACAUGUUGGUCACAAGUGCCAAAAACUGAGAACCAGAAGCACACACCUUGACUAAAUGCAGUUUAAAAGACUUAUAUGCGUCAACCCCCCUCCCCCCUCCACCCCUCACAUUUCAAUUCUUCCAUCACUGUAACUCUUUGCAACUGAAGCAAAGAGGAUAUGGGGCAUCGAAUGAUGGUUAACAUGACACCUCGAGGUACAGUAAAAAUGUUAGUCAACUCUCGAUUUUUUUUUACACAAACUUGCAAAAUUAAUUUGAGAGCAUGGUUCGUUUUAGUAAAGCUAUUCACAUUUAAUAAAUUCCCUCUGUAUUUUAAUCACCCUUCUGUUAUUUUUAAACAAUUUAUUUUAAAUUUGCGCCUAUGGCACAUCAUUUUGUCUUAACUGAAUUAUCACAAAGAAAUUAAG